AUGGCAGAGGGAGAUCACAGGUAUUACAACCAGCAUUACCUUGUGCUACAGCCUUCAUCACAUAGUGAUGUACCUCCAGCACUGGGAACGGCAGACACGCGAACUGCGCCCAUCCCUGAACGCGAGGAAGCCGCCAGCUCCGAUCCCAUGAACCAGCAUGAGACUGCCGCACGUUUUAGGGCAAUUCAGGAGUACACUCAAAACCAGAUCGUGUAUCCCUGCCUUGAAAGUGGCACUUGGAGAGGUUUGCUAGAAAGCAGUACAAGGCUAAAACCUCAUGAAGCUCAAAGCUACAGAAAGAAGGCGCUGUGGGUUUCCUGGGUCUCCAUUAUUGUCACGCUGGCUCUUGCAGUGGCUGCUUUCACUGUCUCCGUAAUGAGAUACAGUGCAUCAUCAUUUGGAUUUGCUUUUGAUGCUACCCUGGAUGUUUUGUCAUCAGUGAUAGUUCUGUGGCGUUACAGCAACGCAGCUGCUGUACAUUCUGCGCACAGGGAGUACAUCGCUUGUGUGAUCUUGGGUGUCAUAUUUCUGCUGUCAUCUAUAUGUAUUGUGAUCAAAGCCAUCCAUGAUCUUGCGAAGAAGGUGCUUCCAGAAGUGGGUGAUUUUCUGUAUAGUGUCUCCGUUUUAAGUGGAAUCCUUUGUACUAUCUUGGCAGUGAUCAAAUUUAUGCUGGGAAAGGUGCUUACAAGCAGAGCCCUGAUAACUGAUGGUUUCAACUCUCUUGUAGGUGGAAUAAUGGGAUUUUCCAUCCUGCUCAGUGCAGAAGUUUUUAAACACAAUUCUUCUGUCUGGUAUCUGGAUGGCAGUAUAGGAGUUUUAAUUGGACUUACAAUAUUUGCCUAUGGAAUCAAGCUGCUUAUUGAUAUGAUACCCCGUGUAAGGCAAACACGCCAUUAUGAAAUGUUUGAGUGAAGAUCAUGGCCUCGUCCCCGAAAGGACUGUAAAACUACAGCAUCAUACGUUUUGGCAAGUGGUGCCAAUGGUAUUUUACUAAAUAUGCAGUUUGUUUCCCGUGGUUUGUUUUUGUUAGUUUGUUUUAAUGGGAGAUCUCUCUGUAAAACUGGCAGAUGUGCACACUGCUUGCAAUUCAGCAAAACAGCAGCAUUUUUUUUCCGAGUAUGCUAUUGAUUCCUGUGACAAUAGAAAACAUGCAGUUCGCAGUUUUAAGCCAGCAGCCAUGUUUUAUGCUCCAGAGUGAAAGUGUUCUUAAUGAUGUGAUUAAGUGUAUGGGUAAAGAAGUGUGAGUAUCAGAUCUCUUUUUUUCCGGCUAUAUUUUUUUAAACAUAUGCUGUAACAGAAGUACGGUCCUUGCUAAUCUCUUUGGCUAACAGAGUAUCCUGUAGAGUAUGGACACCAAAAGCGGUGUUGCUUAAAGCACGGAAGUAGCCACUUCUCUCCCCUAUUUGAACUGACAGAGCGGUUACAAACCUUUCUGGGAUCAGAGAGAUACUUCAUUUAAAUCCAAAAUUAACUGAAACUAUACCUCUUCAAUCUAAAUCCUAUUUUUUCCUUCUAAGACACUGUUUGUUGCUUUGCAUGGACCAAACAAGCACGCACACGGUACUACUGUACAGACCAAAGCCAAAAAGACGUGCAAGGAAGAGGACCGGCUUGAGAAAUGAGAUUCUCAUCUUCUGUUAUAUUAUACACAGAUGUAUCAGCGUGCGUGACUUUGUGGUUGCUCUGUAGUCUGAUGAUGGCACAGCAGUGGUUCAACCUGGUGGUGAGAUAUAGAUCUAUUUAUUAGAUUUAGAUUGUUCUGUAAAAUGUUGUUCACCUUCCAUCACACAUCUUAUGUAUUACUUAGUAGCAGGUUAAAUUAUCAAAGAAUCAUGAUGUAUAAUCAAUAAAACUGGUAUCUAUUUUAUACAGUACCUGUAAGUAACAUUUUAAAUCUAUUUCCAGAAUGUAUCAUAGAACAAAGUCUUCCUGUCUAGCAGCCUAUUAAACUAGAUUCUCUGGCCAU